AUGAACACUCUCCAAGUCCUCCUGUUUUUGGCUCUAAUUCUUGGAUCUGCAGACGAGAAAGAAGUGGAGGUUGGAGAGGAUGCAACUCUCGAUUGUCAGGGUCCCCAUGAAGGGAACAUCUUACGGGUAGCAUGGACCAAGAGUGACCUGAAAGCAGACGAUUACGUCUGUUUCUUCCGGGAAGAUCGUCUUUACAAAACAUACCAGCAUGAGUCUUUCAAAGGUCGAGUGGAGCUGGAAGACCCAAACAUGAAAAGUGGAAAAAUGUCCAUCAUUCUUCACAACGUCACCGUUAAUGACACUGGAACAUAUGAGUGCCACAUCUCAUAUGAAACAGAUCACAGCCAGAGAUCUGAGAUGAAGCAGGAAACCAAGCUGAAAGUUACACCUGCAGUUCAAAGACAAGGAGCGAAGAAGGAUGGAUCUGUUGGACUUGUAUCCAGUCUAUCAGUUUCCAGCCUGCUUCUCAUUGUUGCUGCUGUUGGAUAUUUGGUGUAAAGAAAACAGCAAAAGAGUCGGAACUUGGGCUGUGAUCGGGCUGAACGACAGGUGAACUGAUGGACAGAAAUUCAAUGAGUGUGAAACAUGUCCAGAACUUUCCCUGAAAGUCUUUGCACUGGGACAGGGGAAAAAAAGGAAAUCCACUGACUAAAUGAUAAUGGUGAUAGUAUCUGGUGUGUUUGAGGAUCAGACUAACAAGACAAAAACUCUUGCACAU